CGGGUGCCGGGAGAGGGCAGUCCUCUUAUAACUGCGCGGCGCGGCCGUGACUCAAUCAGUAGCGCCGGCAUCUCUGGAGAGUUCAGCGUUGGAUUUGUGCUUUCUUCUUUCGUCCCCCUUCCCAAAGGAGUACCCUUUCCUUCACCCCACACCUUGGAUGUGAACUUCUUGCCUAAAGACUGGAAAGACUAAUUAGCUUGAAAAUGGAAAACCAAGAACCAGCGGAUUCUUCUCAAAAAACCAAACAGUUUAUUAUUUCAGAGGAGUUAAUCGCAGAAGGAAAAUGGGUCAAGUUUGAAAAUACAACUUACAUGGAUCCUACUGGUAAAACAAGAACUUGGGAAACUGUGAAACGUACGACGAGAAAAGGACAGUCGGCUGAUGGUGUAACGAUUAUCCCAGUGCUGCAAAGAACUCUUCAUUAUGAAUGUAUUGUUCUGGUGAAACAGUUCCGACCACCCAUGGGAUGCUACUGCCUAGAAUUCCCUGCAGGUCUCAUAGAUGAUAAUGAAAGCCCAGAAGCAGCUGCUCUGCGAGAGCUGGAGGAAGAAACUGGCUAUAAAGGUGAUGUUGCUGAAUGUUCUCCAGCUGUCUCUAUGGAUCCAGGUUUGUCAAACUGCAGCACACACAUCGUGACAGUAACUAUUAAUGGAGAUGAGGCUGAAAAUGUGAGACCUAAGCCAAAGCCAGGAGAUGGAGUUUGUUUGUUUAGAAUUUGUGGAAGUAAUUUCCUUACCAAAGAAUGACCUGAUGAAGAGACUUGAAGCCCUGGUAGCUGAAGAACAUCUGACAGUGGAUGCUAGGGUCUAUUCCUAUGCUCUGGCGCUGAAACAUGCAAACACAAAGCCAUUUGAAGUGCCCUUCCUGAAAUUUUAAGGGUAGCCAUGUUCUUCUAAAUGAGGCCACAAGGCCUUCUUCACUAAGACUUUGUAUUCAUCUAAGAGAUUUGAAAGUACCUUUUUCAUAAAAUAAAAACAAAGAAUGCA